AUGCAAUUUCACCUUCACGAUGGACUGUUAUUCAUAUGGUGCUUGACAGCAGCUGCUAAUGUGGUGGCCCGAAAACCUUCAAACACCACGGAGGUAAUUCCAUCCCCGCUGGUUGUUCCUGCAAGCCAAUACUGGGACGGGGUCGACGGACUAUGGAGUAGCUUUGCUCUCAGAAUUGGAACUCCUGCCCAGGAUGUACGAGUACUCGCGUCGACAAACUCCCCCGAAACUCUGGUAGUGUUGCCACUUGGAUGUACAUCCCUUGCGAUAAACCCGGUGCCAAAUGGUUGUGCAAGCUCCCGCGGAGGACUUUUCAAUCCUAAUACAUCGUCUACAUGGCAGGAUCAGGGUCUAUUUGGGAUUAAUGGAGACGGGGUGGGGUUGGAGGAGAAUCUAGGGUACUCACAGGCUGCUGAUUAUGGACUGGAUACGGCCGGGCAGAACGCUCAACUCAUCUUCGGCGGAUAUGAUUCCUCGAGGUUUGUUCCGAACUCUGCUUCAUUCACCUUAAACCAAGACAUUGACCGUGAUAUUGUAAUUGCUAUCCAAUCCAUCACUUACAGCGGAACCACCCAAUCAACCCUUCUCUCCACUCCGACGUUUGCUUUCAUUGAAUCAACGGACCCAAACAUUUGGCUUCCCGAUUCUGCGUGCAAAGCAUUUGAACAAGCAUUUGGUAUCGCAACCGACAAAGCAACGGGUCUUUAUCUCAUCAACGCCACACAGUAUAUUCAACUUCAAGCAAAAAAUCCCCAAGUCACAUUUAUCCUGUCAAACAGCUUGUCUGGAGGGGAGACUGUCAGCAUAGUCCUACCAUUCAAUGCACUCGCCUUACCUGCUUCUCCACCUUUCACUCCAAAUAAUACGUAUUAUUUCCCUCUGAAGAAAGCUGCAAAUGAUUCGCAGAAUACUCUUGGGAGAGUUUUCCUCCAAGAAGCGUAUCUAACAGUCGACUACGAACGAGGUAACUUUUCGGUCAGCCAAUGUGUCUGGCAAGACGGGGCUCCUGAACGGAUAAGCGCCAUUCUAUCACCUGCAUAUAUAAACAGCUCAUCUACCACUACAUCGUCUAAUUCAGCAUCAAAACCUGUCGGAGCUGGCAUCAUCGCUGCUGUAGUGAUUGCGGCAAUCGUCGUUCUCGCACUAGCAGCAGGACUAGGCUAUUUUGUUUCACGGCGACGUCAACGUGACCGACCAACCUCCACUGCUCCUACCGAAGACAUCGGCCUCACGAACCUAGACAAAGACAACAAUGAUAUCAAAACUGAAUCCUUGCCCGAUGAUCCCAACUCUUUGUACCCACCUUACAAAAAGCUCGAUUACCCUAGCGGGGUACAUCGCGAAGAGCAACCUGACGGCGAGCUUGGAACUCAGGGAGAAAUCUAUCAAAUGCCGACGACGGAGUAUGGAGAAAGAGAUUACUUUACGGCUCUGAAUAGAAUCGAGUCCGAAAGAAGGGCGGCAAUCACGCCACAGAUUGAUGGGAGGAGUAUGGUGUAUGAGUUGCAUGGGAGUGAGCCGAUGCCGGCGGAGAUGGAUGAUGAGAGUAGUCGGAGGGGUUUGAGCCCGAUGCUGACUCCGAGGACGCCGGUCACGAGGGAGAGCUCGAGAGCUUCGAGCCUGGGGCCUGUGAGUGAUACUUUGUAGAAAUGCUCUGGAGAGCUUGGAUGGGGCGUUAAUGGUCUUCUUUGAGCAGGUAUCGGGGAAGAUUGGUUGCAUUAGGUUGGAGCAUAGUUCGUGGAAUAAAU